AUGAAGAAAGUUGAGUCACUUGACAUGCUAAAUCUCCAAGGUGAUGCACCUCCAGAGAUAAUCAUUUUCUUUAACGAGAAACCAAACAUCAGAGAAACGAUCGGAAUAGACACAGAGAUUUUCCCAAACAUCAAGAAAUUAAUUUCCAAAGCUAAGUCUGACUCGAGCCGUAUUGUUAUUGCGAUUGUUUCUAACGAUCCUUUCUUGAAUAAUAGGACGAACUACUUGACGAGAUCUCUUUCGGGACUUUUGAAUCCGAACAACAAAUCUUCUCAAUAA